AGUAAGUUUCUAUAAAUUAUGAUAAACCCAGUCAACCUCUUUCCCAAAAAAAAUGAUAAAAUAAAAAGGCACCAAAUCACCCUCUCAUGCAUGCAUGCAUGCAUGCAUAAACACGUACAUAUAUAGACCUAUCCAAAAAUGCCACACCACACCUCCAACAACAAAUCUACUAGUAGCUCUAUAUAUCUGAUUCUUAUUUUGUUAACCCCAAAAUCUUCGGCAAAAUAUCUAAGAUCCAUAUAUAUAAUCUUUUUUGUGUGUACGUAUGUGUGCAUGUUGAUUAACUGGCCUUCUAAAUUAGUCUUUAUAAGUCAUAAGAAAGUCCGACCUUUUUUCUCUUCCUCACAAAAAAUUUCCCUUAUUUUUCUCUUUCCUUUCCAUCCCUCUCCAAUAACCACCAAACUAUCUCUUUUUCAAUUUUCUUUGUCCAAAACCUCUCCAACAAAUUAACCCUUUUUCUCUUUUUAUUAGUUUUCCCAUUAUCUCCUUUUUUUUUUUUUUUUUUUUCUUUUGCAAAGCAAAUGGCUUUGUUUUCUCUUCUCCUCUACCCCAUAUAAAACAAAAAAAUAAAGUUAAAAAAAAAAAAAAAACAAAGCCCCCUCCAUUAAAAACUGUUUCUUUUUCUUCCCAUUUUUUUUUUUUUAAAACACAAGGCAGGAUGGCCUUUUGGAGGUUCUCUCCAUUUUCAGUACUCCUUGGCCUCCUGUCUCUCCUUCUCCUCCACCCCAUCACCACAACAACAACCUCCACCAUCGGUAUCCGCCUCAGCAUUAUCAGAAAACCUUCCGACGACAACCUUCCCGUUUUCCGGGAAGCUCCGGCGUUCCGGAAUAGCGAUCAAUGCGGCUCUUCAGACUCCGACAGAAUCCAUGUCGCCAUGACACUGGACGGAAACUACCUCCGAGGAACAAUGGCAGCCGUGCUCUCCAUGUUACAACAUUCAACAUGUCCAGAAAACCUUGCCUUCCAUUUCCUCUCGGCUCAUUUAGCUCCUGAGCUCUACUCCAGCAUUAAAUCCACUUUCCCUUACCUCAACUUCACAAUCUAUCGCUUCGAUCCAAACCGUGUUCGCGGUAUGAUAUCCAAGUCCAUUCGCCAAGCAUUGGAUCAACCUCUCAACUAUGCAAGAAUCCAUCUAGCUGACAUAAUCCCCACCAAUGUUGGUCGGGUUAUAUAUUUGGAUUCAGACCUGGUGGUUGUGGAUGACAUAGAGAAGCUUUGGAAUGUGGAUAUGGAGGAUAAAGUAGUGGCUGCACCGGAAUAUUGCCACGCUAAUUUCACGCAGUAUUUCACCGGUACAUUCUGGUCGGAUUCGAAUCUGUCGAAGACUUUUGAGGGAAGAAAUCCGUGCUAUUUCAAUACCGGAGUGAUGGUGGUGAAUGUGGAUAAAUGGAGGAAAGGGAGGUAUACACAGAGAGUUGAGGAAUGGAUGGCGGUUCAGAAGCAGAGGAGGAUAUAUCAGUUGGGUUCUUUGCCACCUUUUUUGUUGGUUUUGGCUGGGAAUAUUAAGGCCGUUGAUCAUAGAUGGAAUCAACAUGGAUUGGGUGGUGAUAAUUUUGAAGGCAAAUGUAGGUCUCUUCAUCCUGGUCCUAUUAGUCUUCUUCAUUGGAGUGGGAAAGGGAAGCCAUGGCUGAGAUUAGAUUCCAGAAAACCAUGCACCGUUGACUAUCUGUGGGCUCCUUAUGAUCUUUACCGUUCAUCUAGACAUUGGUUAGAAGAAUGAUAUAUAUUUAUAUAUAUAUAUAUAUAUACACACACAUAUGAAUAAAUGGAAGAUGAAGAAGUUUGAUGAUGAUGAUGAUGAGAGUGGUACUUUAUAUUGAAGAUGAGUAAGAGAAAGCGUUUUGAUCCAGUUGAAUUAUUGGGGGGG